CCGCGCUCCCAGAAUGGCCGAGCUGCCCGCAGACAUCGCUGGAGGCCCCGUCCCUCCUCUUUUUUUUUCCGGCGGCGGCGGCGGCUCGUUGCUGUGUGGGAGGAGGGCAGCAGGGAUGGACUUGAGCUUUCGGCUUCCCUGCUAAGGCGGCAACGCAGCGCGCCGCGCCGCACAGCACAGCCCGCGCCGGCAGCGCAGCGCAGGGCAGGGAGGCAGCGGCUCCCCCGCCGCCGCGUUUUCGGGGGGCUCUGCCUCGCUCUGCUUUCUUUCAUUUUUUCUUUCUUUUUCUCUCCCCCUCCCACCCCGCCCUUGCUGCUGUCUCUCCCGCACUCGCACACAGGCUCCCGCUCGCACGCACACCCCUCCUCUGCCCUUUCAUCCUUCCCCGCCGCCGGCCUCCCUCGCCCUCUCCGCGGCGGCAGAUGCGCCUGGGCCCGCCGCGCAGCUGGGACUAUGGUGAAAUUUCCAGCGCUCACUAACUACUGGCCCCUGAUCCGCUUCCUCGUCCCCCUGGGCAUCACCAACAUCGCCAUCGACUUCGGGGAGCAGGCCUUGAAUAGGGGUAUUGCUGCUGUCAAGGAAGAUGCUGUGGAAAUGCUGGCCAGCUAUGGGCUGGCAUACUCCCUGAUGAAGUUCUUCACAGGUCCAAUGAGUGACUUCAAAAAUGUAGGUCUGGUGUUUGUGAACAGCAAGCGAGACAGGACCAAAGCGGUUUUGUGCAUGGUUGUAGCUGGAGCCGUGGCUGCUGUAUUUCAUACCUUAAUAGCAUAUAGCGAUUUGGGGUAUUACAUUAUUAAUAAGCUACACCAUGUGGAUGAAUCAGUGGGAAGUAAAACUCGGAGGGCCUUCCUUUAUUUGGCUGCCUUUCCUUUUAUGGACGCCAUGGCUUGGACCCAUGCUGGCAUUCUGCUGAAACACAAGUACAGUUUCCUCGUGGGAUGUGCCUCCAUCUCAGAUGUCAUAGCUCAGGUUGUUUUUGUAGCCAUUUUGCUUCACAGUCACUUGGAGUGCAGGGAACCUCUUCUGAUCCCAAUCUUGUCUCUGUACAUGGGAGCCCUGGUCCGAUGCACCACAUUAUGCCUUGGUUACUACAGGAACAUACAUGACGUCAUUCCGGACAGGAGCGGGCCUGAAAUGGGGGGAGAGGCUACAAUAAGGAAGAUGCUCAGUUUCUGGUGGCCUUUGGCAUUAAUCUUGGCAACUCAGCGAAUAAGUAGGCCCAUCGUCAACCUUUUUGUCUCACGGGACCUAGGUGGCAGUUCUUCAGCCACAGAGGCAGUGGCAAUCCUGACAGCUACAUAUCCUGUGGGACACAUGCCGUAUGGCUGGCUGACAGAAAUUAGGGCAGUAUACCCUGCUUUCGACAAGAAUAACCCCAGCAAUAAAUUGGUGAACACUAACAGCACCGUCACAGCGACACAUAUCAAGAAGUUCACUUUUGUUUGCAUGGCGUUGUCCUUAACGCUCUGUUUUGUGAUGUUUUGGACACCAAAUGUCUCAGAGAAGAUUUUAGUUGACAUAAUUGGAGUAGACUUUGCUUUUGCAGAGCUAUGUGUUGUUCCGUUGCGCAUCUUCUCCUUCUUCCCAGUUCCAGUGACAGUCAGAGCACACUUGACUGGCUGGCUGAUGACUCUGAAGAAGACGUUUGUGCUGGCACCCAGCUCAGUACUGCGGAUCAUUGUCCUCAUCGCUAGUCUCAUUAUUCUGCCUUACUUGGGAGUUCAUGGAGCCACUCUUGGAGUAGGAUCCCUUCUGGCUGGUUUUGUAGGAGAAUCCACCAUGGUUGCUAUAGCAGCCUGUUAUGUUUAUCGGAAACAGAAAAAGAAGCGGAAUGAGAACGAAGCCGCUACAGAAGGUGAAGACUCUGCCAUGACCGACAUGCCUCAGACAGAGGAAAUGACAGACAUCGUAGAAAUGAGAGAAGAGAAUGAAUAACAGAUGGGAUGCAAUUGUUCUUUGCAGGGACAAUUGGAAUGACACUUCAACAUCUUGUCUUCUCUCAUACUUUUUUUUUUUGGUUGUUGUUUUUAUUUUUGUAAUAAAGAGGCCUUGAUUUAAAAGGUUUCAGAUAAAUUCUCUAGCAUACUGAGUAUGCUCACAUUGAUGAGGGGCCUAAAAAGAGGUCUUUGCUUUUUCUUUUUCAAUUGAAUUAGUUUUCUCACUUCAUGCAAACAUAAAAGAUAGAACUGCAUCGCUUGUAGCGUCUUCCUUACUUCUGCAUCCACCUUCUCUGGACAAUCUGCAUUUGUCAACCAAAGCCCUGCUCUGUGCGUAUGUGCAUGUGUGUGCACAUGCCACUGACUCAAUGUUACUACCAUAAUCUUAUUCCCUCCCCUCUUUCCUUUUCCUUCCUUUUUUUUUUUUUUUUUUUUUUUAAAAAAAAGAAAUGUUAAAGACAAGAAGCUUGGAAAACACAGCUUUAUUUUACUUGCUUUGAAAUGACUUUGCUACGUAACUUAAUAUACUGUUGUGUACUGUAUUGUUUUGUUUGGCCUCAUCACCAAGGCUUAUACUGCACAUGGUAUAGAAGAGGGAGGAGGAACAUGUAAGUCUCCAUGCAGAAAGUGAAGAAAUACAGGUUCCUCUCCCUGUAAAAAAGUGUGUGCGUGUAUGUACACACACACACUUACAUAUAUAUUUUUAUAUAUAUAUGCACACUAUAAAAUACACACAGGACAAGAACUCUGUUUAGCUUUCAUUCCAUUAUUGGAGAUAGGAAACAUCUGAAAAUUUGUAAGCAUUUAAUUCACAACUUUCUUGACUAACUAGUCUCCACUUUAUGUAUCUUUUUCUUCAGAAAAAAAGCAUGCACUUUCCUUUUGUGAGGAGGGUGAUGGCAACCAGUAGAAUAGUUUGACUGUAUUAGAAUUAAAAAAAGAAUUGACAAACUUUACCAAAGUUCUUGUCCACUAUUUUGAUUUGACUUUAGUUUUAAAGGAUGAUUUGUUUAAUACUUAUUUCUGCUGCCUGUAUAUAUUUUUUAAAAAAGUAACUUCAGCAGGACAUGAUGGUAUAGCACAUUACUGCGUGUAGGUCCAUGAAAUUUUACACACACACACACACACACAUAUAUGUUUUGCUGUGUUUCCCAAUGCAAUAGAUCAAAAUCCGUAUGAUGAAUCUCCAGUACAAAUGGUCAUCCAAGUCCUAAAAUAGGGUCCUUGAGCAUAAGGUAGCACUCGGCAGUUUCAUGGAAGUUCAAACAUGGCUGAAAUCAGCAAGUGUUGUACUUUGAGAGCAAGGCAAGCACUUUGUGGUUUAAGUGGGCCUUAGAUAAUAAGAGUAUGGGGUUGUAAGGGUGAUUUGUAUCAGGUUGAAAUGAAGCCUAUAUAAGAGGUUACCCAACCAGAGAUGGUUUGGGUGCCACCAGAGAUGGCUGCAACAGCAGCUUGUAUUUCUGUGCUGUUCUGUGUUUGGAUGCAGGAUAGCAAAUUGGAUUCUCAUAGAUGUAGUUUUGCCAGAGGCUGGGAGCAGUUAUCCUACAUGCUCUAUGCAGAAAUCUUGAAAGUUAAUUUAAACCUUAUUUAGUGAAAGUAUAUUUUUCUAAGUUUUGGAAAUGAUUAUUUAAUAGUGGACAAAUUCAGUUUCUAGAUUAUUUGCCAGGUAUUCCCAACAUCUCAGAAAAACUGUUCAAAAAUAAACAAUACUUUAAAUAUUGUAUGAAUAUAUGUUUGUAUACAUACACAUAUGUAUACAUAUAUAUACUGCAUAUUAUGUACAUUUAUUUUAAGCUACAGUACAUUUCCUGUUUUUCCAAAUUCAGCUAAAAACGUCUCUAAAACGUUACAAAGUUGGGUAACAAUCAGUUAUGGCUAAUAAUGAAAGGCAUUGUAUCAAUGAACUUCACAUUUUAUUUUACACAUUUAUACCAAUUUGUUACGUGUACGUAUGCAAUAAGAUAUGACUUGGAAAUUAUUGUGUGGAAUGACAGAUUUGAAAAAUCAGUGCACUGUUAAUGAGCAGUGGCACUGGAAAGGUAAAUCUCAAUCCAGUAAUCUACGUUUGCUAUGCCACUACAGGGUUGUAAUCAGUACUCCAUAUUGCAGUAAAAACACACACACACACACACACACACACACACACGAAGAAAACAUCUCCGAUGAUUAAUUUAGUGCGGUAUGUGUAGAUCACACACAUCUGCAUUCAUGAAUACAGACUCACAAACAGUCAUGUAUAUAACUUGUAUAUGGACUGUUACAGAUCACAGUGGCCAUUUAAGGUCUUCUCUACUGAUGUACUUGCAUUUUUUCCAGUUAUCUUUGUAUCCAAGACCACAACGCACAGUUUUUCAGGAACUGUAGAGAUAAAGCAAGAAAGUAUUUUUGUGUAAUACUUCUUUUGGUACAUGACUAAAAUUUAAGCAGCAGUAUUUUUGAAAGUUUUGAGCAUUACUCAUGCAGGUUUCAAGAUAAGAAUUGCACCAAAAAGUAAAAAUUUGAAAACUGUUUAAAUGUAACACUAGAGCUUUUGCUUUAGCUAGAAGACUGAAUGCAUAUCAAAAAUAGAAUUAUUGGUCAUGCAGCUAAACUGAUAGCAUUGUAAAAGUUAAAAUUUCAGUUGUGUGAACAAUACUUCAUAUUCCUUUAUACAUUUACUUUACAAAAUAAUGGAGUGGUAGGUUUGGGGCAAGAAUUCAGGUAGUUACAUAAAACAACCACGUGCAUAACAUUUCCUUUCUAAUCCUGUUUCCUGUGUGUUGUGUAUUUUUUUACGUUGUUUUAUUAGAUUAACAAAAUACAUUGAUGUUUCUGCAGUAAGUCAGUCCAAAUCAGAACUUCAUGUCAGACUGGAUAUUUAUUCCAUGCUGCCAUCAGCAGGCUUGACUUGAAGGUAUAGCUACAAAGAGCACCGUGGACCCCAGCACCUUUUGGUUCUGCCUGUGGGUAACAUUUUCAAGAGUUUUAGUACACACCUGAAACCUAACUCUUCUGACUCACCUUUGAUGCCAAAAUCAGCUGGGUGAAGAUUCGAGAUGGUUGUAGCUUGCAGCGUUUCAGGGUUGGAUAGCUGAUUUUCUGUUUUGGACAGUGAAGGGCUCACCACUUCUUCACCUCAGCUGGAGCUGCAGCCAGGCGUGUCGGAAGGGUGUGAGUUCAAGUGUCUCUGUCCAGCGGGUCCUCCAUAACACGCCGUCCCACACCACUUCCUUCCCAAAAGGACCUUCUUGAGUUCUAGUAAAUUAGCUUAGCAACCUCUUCAGUGUUACUGCUUAUGAAAUGGUCAUCUAUGUGGUGAAUGUUUUUGAAUAGAAACCUGUAAGUUACCAUUUUUGUGGGGAGGUUCAGCCUUUUCAGACUUUCUGGAAAACUGCUGAAUUACACAAAUGAAGUUACAAUAAAAAGAGAAGCAAAUUUGAUUUGUAUCCUACAUCAUAAAUUUGAGAGUCUAGAAGAACAUAUCAUACAACAGGAAAUAAAAGAACAACACUGACAAGCAGUGGAUUAAUGUAUACGUA